AUGCCGUUCCCUGAACCGAUACCGUCCUAUUUUGACUUACAACCUUCAUCAGGACCAUCAUAUCAGUUUAGGUCUGUCGAAGAUGUCAACAAUAUUGUCCAAAUGCUGUUAUGGAAAGUCUCUCAAGAACACCGGUAUACUGGCAUUGGUUGCAUACAAGAGGAGCUUUUCAGGCAUUAUCCGUCAGCCAUAAAUUUUAUUACAAGCAUUCGAAUGAAUGCAGACUGUAUACCCCGUCUGGCAGAACACAAAAAGUUGAUUCAAAGGGUUAACACGCUUUUGUGGGCGUAUGCUACUACUCGUAACGUUCUAACUUUGGCGGACAUGGAGCAGCUAAUACAGUUGGAAGCACCAAAUGAUUAUCGACUUCUUGGCCCAAUCGUAAGGUUACCAGCUGCACUAGAAAUACUUCAAGUUAGUGAAUUUGAUCAACAUAUAGUGGCGUGUUUCACAACAGGAUUUACAAAUCAAGCACUGAAAAUGUGUACAGAGGAUGUUUUAGAAGAACUAAAAACUUGCAUCUGUAAAAAUCGAUAUCGUUUACCUACAACUGUUAGUCGAGGAUCCGUUUGUUCGUGGUGGGAAUCAGUGUUUACAAAUCAUAUGCUGGGAGUUUUGGAUAAUGUCAGGGUCGUACAACAUAGCAAUCAGUAUCAAAAGUUGAAUCAGCUGGCCAAGUAUGGAAUUAGAAUUAAGGGGUUCUCCCAUCUUGUCCAAGAAAUAACAAAUAAUCUAAGGCCUGAGAAUCUAAAUAAAGCUGCUAGACUAGCACAAGAUCAAUUAGAUAAUGAUAUCCGUCAAUUGUAUAAGGACUUUACUUCCUCCUUGGUGAGUAAAUCAGCUCUAAAGUCAUAUCGAUCUAUGAAACCAGUCAAUGUUCUUAAACAUUUGGCAACUUGUGCUACACAGUUACACGCUGAACUGCAAAAUUGGGCUGAAGAGAGAAGUUUAGUAUGGCCUAAAGGACAUUUAGAUUCGCUACUUGUAUUUGGUCAAUUUAUGCAACGUAUUGCUGCUACUGGGCCUUUUCGUACUCUCGUACAUUUACUCAUUCUACUCUUCAAUACGGAAUCAAUGAAUAUCAAGGAAUUAUUGACUCGAAUCGUAUCGUCUGUGCGUAAAGCGGAUCGAGUUUUGGAAUCAUCGUCACAACCAACAGCAGCAGAUGAUAUGGAACUUAUUGACCUGACAGUUAAUUCAGACGAUGAAUUAUGUGAGAUUUCAACGAAACUUGACGAUGCUAUCACAACUAAGUAUCCCGAAUUGACAGAGAUUGUAGACAAAUUUAAUGAUUUAUUAAGACAACAACAGCAACACGAAGAAGAAGGUAAUGUUGUGAAUCAGUCCAACAAUUUGUGGUUAUCACUGGCAUCAUUGGAACGUGAAAUUUUCCCACAAGUAAUUGGUCAGAAUUCUCCAUCUUUAUUAAGUCUACUUGCUGAAGCUAUAAAUGACGGUGUGAACAAUGUGAAUUUAUUUCCAUUUAAUGUGACUGAUGUCAGAAAAGAUAAAAUACGUGAUGAAAACAGUUACAAUGAAUCAAGUCCAGGUAAAGCUAGUGUACUACACGAAAAAUCAUCAACAUCAAGAGAUAUAGAUCCUGGAUUAGUAUUUGACUUCGUACAGAAAUUGACAUGUAUCUCUUCGAGAAGUAAAGAGGAAUUGUGUAAACUUGUCUGUGAAAAUUUACGCAUCAUUCACACAUCAAAAUUGGAGCAGUUGAUUGAAUCAAUUUUAUCACAAAUUAUGGAUGAUCAUGAAAUCAAUAAAGUAAAACCAUUAGUUUAUCAUCAUCAUGUUCAUAUACCCAACAUUUUAACUAUGGAAGAAACUCAACAAUCUAUAAGUUUACAAUCGUCAUCAUCAGAUAUUAUUUCGCGUUUGCUUACUCAACGUGAAUGUGUCCUAAGCUUUCUGUCAGCCUGUCCUUCUUUAAUGGAUUUAGAAGCAUGGUCUCAAUGGUAUCAAGAUUGUCUAUUCUAUGAUCGUUGGGGUAGUCUUGAUUCAUUUCUUAUAGAGGCUGGAGCUGAACAAGUAUGUGACCAAUUCAAUUUACUUGCUAUACGUAUACUUCCAUUUGAUGGUGCCGUUGUUGGUAACAAUAGCCAACUUUUACGAUUAACUGCACAUCCUUCAUCGAAUGAUUUAAAAGAUGCAUUAGAAAAAUGGCGAUACAAUCGUGAUUCUCUUACAAUUCGUCUUGUUGGAGAUUAUCUAAUCGGUUCAGUUAUCAAGGCUAGUAGAUUGACAAUUAGUCAAGCAUGUUCCAUCAUUACGAAUCAUUUCACUACUACUACUAACAUUUCUAAAAAUGUCUCAGAUUCAAAUGAAUGGAUUUAUUUUGUAUACAGUCUAUUAAUGAAGUUACCAUAUAGUCUAUUAGGUUUGGUAUUCUCUUUAAUUAUUAUUCCAAGUUUAGAAUCAGCAGGAAUUCGAUGUUCUACAUCAUGGCCAUUAGAUAAAUCUGAUAUAUCACUCUUGAAUAAUAAUGUUUCAUCUAUCAAUUAUAGUCUUUUACAUAUCUUCUUCCAUGAUGAACUUCUUUCUUUGAAUACAUUCAUUGAUGAGAAUAAUUCACAAUUGAAUCGAAUUUAUUUAAUUUCUGCUAUUGGUAGUAUUGGUUAUCAAUUAAAAUGGCCUGCUUAUAUUAAAUAUUUUGAAGAAAAUCGUUUUAAAUUAAUUGAUAACCCAACUACUGUUACUAUGAUGAAUAUUGAUCAAAUGAAAAACAUUGAUAUGAAUUGUCAAUUAUCAACAAUUAGUAUUUUACCUUCAUCUUUAUCUGAGACCCAAUUCAUAUCUGAAAAUGUUGAUAAUAAUCAAAUAUCGACUUGUUCAAAAUUAAUGGAGAAUAAUGAAGAUAAUUCAACCAAUGUAUCCAUUCAAAGUAACGAUGUCAAUACAAACGCCAGUGAUAUUUGCAAAUCUACAAUUCACUUGGAUAAAAACAUGACAAUAGCUGAUUCUAAAAAUCUAUCAUCUGAUCGCCAUCAAUUUAUCGAAGAGAUUAGACGCCGAGAAUUUGGUGUCGGUGUUGAAUUAAGUGAAGAAGCAACUGAUCUAAUUCAGAGAGUUGAAGGGAAAUUAUCACGUAGUCUUGUACAAUUAUCUGAAGAACUCUAUGGUCUACCUGGACAUUUUCUUCUAGAACUAAUACAGAAUGCUGAUGAUAAUACCUAUGGGAUAAAUGAUGUUCCUACAUUACAACUUCAAUUAUCCACCAUUUCACCAAUUAAUAAUGAGUGUAAUAGUAAUACUAAUGAUCAAAAAUUCUCUUUACUUGUUAUGAAUAAUGAAUCUGUUGGAUUUACUGAACAUGAUAUGUCUGCGUUAUGUGAUAUUGGUCAAAGUACUAAAGUAACUCAACGUGAUGCAAAAAUAGGACGUAAGGGAAUCGGUUUCAAAUCAGUCUUCAAUAUUACAGAUACACCGGAAGUUCAUUCUAACGGUUUUCAUGUUCGCUUUCAUCGACAAUCGAAAUGUACAAAGUACACUUCACAAACUCCGCCAUCAUUAAUACUCAUACCUGAAUGGUGUGAUAAUGAGCAAUUGAUGAGAUCUCAAAAUCAUUCUAAUGAAACACCAUCAUGGUGUAAAACUUUAUUUAUUCUGCCGUUGAAUUCUGAAACAUUAAUUAAUCGUUCAACAAGAGUAGUUCAAUCACCCGCUCUCUAUAUUACUCAGCUCGUUCAAACAACACUGCAUCCUAGCUUAAUGCUAUUUCUUAGACGUUUACAGUGUCUUCGAUUCUCCUUUAUGGAAUCAAAUAUUUAUUGGAGUGUAAAACGUACCAUAAAAACAUUAUCAUCAUCUAUAUCAGGAAAAACUCAAUAUAUUACUGAAAUGAUAACAGUUCAUGAAACUCAAUGUAAUCUAUCAUCAGAUGGUGAAACCAAUACAAUAUAUAAAUGGUUUUGUUUUAAAGAAAUAAUUCCUGUUGACUAUAAAGAGCCGAAUAAAAAUCUUCCAUCACAGACAGAAAUAUCAUUGGCUAUAUCAUUGAAUGAUUCAGAUAAUCUACAACCAUGUCCUAUAUUUUCUUAUUUACCAAUACGUAGUGUUGGGUUCCGAUUUUUUAUAAAUGCUGAUUUCGAUUUAACUUCUUCACGUGAAGACGUUGAUUCAACAAGUGCUUGGAAUCGUUGGCUUGUAGGCAAAAUACCAAAUAUCUUUUCUGAUAUGAUUGAAUGUAUUGAAAAGUUGCCAGAAUCAUGUUUUACAAUUGACUUGGAUUCAUCUCAGUCAAAUGACAAUUUGGGAUAUACACGCAUUGAAUUGAUUGGGCGUAUUAUCUCUUGUCUUCCAUAUAAUUUAUCAUUUUCAUCAUCAACGGCAGCCGGUUGUUUGACAAACCGUUCCAUCACAUCGUCAUCAUCAUCAAUCUCCACAACGAUAACAAAUGACAACGUGUUCUUCGGUUUACCAAAUCAAUUACGCGCUAAAUUAUCAAAUCUUGCCUGGUUACCAGGUAUUCAACGUACAGUUGAUUGUUUGCCGAACAUUGAUUCGUGUAAAUACGUGAUUGCAUCAAGGUUAUUAGUUGUUCCGACAUUAUUAUCCUCAAUGUCAUCUUCAUCAAUGUUGAUUGAGAAAGAAUGUAGCCAUUCUUCCGAAGAGACAAACUCUAUUACCUCAUCCAAUAAUAGUGAAAUGAUUCUCUUACAUCUUCUGAUCGAUUAUCUACAAAUAUAUGAACCACAUCCAGAAUUGUUAGUCUUUCCAUCACAUCAUAGACGUUUAUCAAUGAAACCAGUUGAAGUAGAAGAUACUGUGAAAGAUAUGACCAAUGAUAAUGAGAUUAUUGAUAAAUAUCAAUCUACAGAUUAUUUAAUAGAUCGAAUUAGAAUAGAUGCAUUGCAUUGGUUGGGUGCUCAAACAAUUUCUGUUGAAUCUCUUUUAAAUUUAGCUACAAAUUUAAAACCUGAGGAUAUCAAUCGUCCUGGUUUACUUUCAGUACUAAUGUCUAGUUUUGAUGCUUGUUUAACUACAUACAAUACACCUACUUCUAAAUGGUCAUCACAAAUAUCAUUAUCAUCUAAACAAUCAAUUGCGGUAUCUAGACGUCGUCUUCUAACAGCUCUACAACAUUUGCCUAUUUUUCCAUUAACUGAUGGACAAUGUAUUCGUUUAAAUGAUAAACAGAAACAUGUUUGGUCUAAUGAUAUCCAUCCAGUUGUUUUAUUACCUCCUUGUCCAUCAGAAAUCGCUUCCAUGUUGAUUGGAAUCACAUAUGAUGAUUAUAUUCAAUUAAUCGAAAAAUUAGGACCAUUAAUUAAACCAGAUGCUUUUCAAUCUAAUCAAAUUAAUUAUCAUAAAGAUUAUUCCACUUUAUUAAUUGAUCAAUCACCAAUUGGAUUAGGUUUACAAAUAGCUUAUCCUUCUAUUGUUUUAACAAAAUGGAUUAUUCCAUAUUUAAAGGUAAAACAAUCCAAUGAUAAUUUUAUGAAUGUAUCAAUGAUACAAAUGAAUUGGUAUAUAACCGUAGCACAAUUAUAUACUUCAAUUCAUUUCAAUAAAAGUCAUUAUUAUCCAAUAGAAAAUAUUAAUGAAUUUUCAACUAUUCUACCAAUUGUUGUUUCAAAUAAAUUUGGAGAAAAUUCUAUUCUACCAGCAUUAUGUGAUUAUUAUGAAAAUGGAUUACAACGUGAUCAACCAAUUAUUUUACCUCCAACUUCUAUUACUAUCGCUUCAUCUUCAUCAUCAUCAGUGAAUAUAGAUCGAAAUUUUAUGGAACAAUUAGAAGUUGAUUUAUUCAAAUUUUUAAUUGAACAAAUAAAUGAUUCUGAUUGUAUGUAUACUGUUUCACCAAAAUAUUUUCAAGGUGUUUCAACGAAUCCACAACAAGCUUCUCGAUGGUAUGAUCUCUUUUCAAAAGCUGGUGUGUGCACUUUAUUGUCCGUUCACAAAAUCAAAUAUUUUUAUCAAGUAUCUGGUACAACUUUAACAUCAGUAACAACUUCUAAACAUGAUGUUACAUCAUCAAGUAUAUUAAAAGAUGCAAUAUCUUUACCAAUAAAUCAUCGUUUACAAAAGUCAAUCAUUGAAGCAUUACACAAACAAGGUCUAACAUUGUCAAUCAUGAAUUCACCAUUAAGUAACAAUAGUACUAUAUAUUUGAUUGAAGAUUAUACUUCACCUGGUAUUGAUCUACUUCUAACCUGUAUUGCCCGACUUCAAGAUAAAUUAAUGGGGAAAGAGAUGGCUGAACGUUUAAGCUGUCUACUACAUGAUAAUUGGUCUUCAUAUAGUCCAGUUCAAUCUGCAUUAUUCACUCGUAUAAAAACUCAAAAUGAUUCAUUGGAUAAAUUGGAUUCAAGCACAAAUGAUGGAUUACCUACUACUUAUACUACUAUUACUACUAAUGAUACAUUACAUUAUUUAGAUUAUUCAUCUUGGUUAUAUAAACUGCGUGAAACUGCUUGGUUACCAAUUGAAUCAACUACAUUAACUACAUCAUCCUGUCAACUUAUGUGUCCUAUUGAUUCACGAAUGAUUUAUUCUCCUUCAGCAUUUUAUCAAAUACAAUUACAAAAUAUUCAAUUAUUUAAACUUCUUAAAGAUACUUGUUAUAUUUGGUCACCUGGAUCAUAUAUUGUUAAUAAUCCAUUGAAUAGUCAAUUUACAAAAUCUAUUGGUCUUAUUAAUCAACCUGAUCGUUCAACAUUUGAAGCUUUAAUGAAGUGUUUAGGUGAAAAAGUUAGAGACAAUUCUAUUGAUUCUGUACACCUAACACCAGAUCUUAUGUUAUUUAUAUAUCGUACUGCUGUACAAUAUUAUCUUCAUGAUGUCGUUGGUGAUUAUUCACGGACAAUUGAUUCAAGUACGGAGCAUUCAUUAAUUGAUUGGCUUCGGUUGGUAUUUGCAAAUCCUACCUAUCCAUGUAUUUUAGUUCAAUGUCCAAAUACGAUGAUAACACGAAAACCUAUGCAUAAGCGUCCACGUAGUGAUACUACUACUGUCAAUACUGAUAAUGUUGAUCUUUAUGAAAGCAACGUUUAUAAAUGUCCUGUUUGCGAAGCGAUGUCGAAAUCAUCAACUUCAAUGAAAACAAUACCAGGAAAACGACGUCAACGGUCAAAUGUUGAUAUAGACAUUAGUGGCGGUAGCAGUGAUGAAGUAGACCAGUCUACACCUGCAUAUCAUUUGGUUGAUAUUGAUGUUGUUUGUUGGGAAUCUGUUGUUAUUGACAAUCAUUUACUCAACUCGAAAUAUUUAAAUGAUAACUGUAGCAGUGAUCUAGGAAGUAACAAUUCUGUGCAUAACACAGAAGAUGAGGAAGAAGAUACUGUUGAAUAUUUCAAUGAUCAAUGCAUACUGGUCAACUGUAUUAUGUCUGAUGGGAAUGAACAACCACUCAUUCCUGUAAAAACUAUAAAUCGACCACGUGUAUUUGUUUUAUCGAAAUGUUAUGGUUCAGAAUCUCGUCAAUUUUUCAUUGAAAAACUUGGUUUACCAUCUACUUCAACAAUUGAUGAAAUUCUCGCUUUACGUCCAAAUCUACCAAUAAUGAAUCAUAAUAAUAAUGAUAAUACAGAUUAUAGAACAUAUUCAAUAUAUAAUAAAUCAUUAUAUGAAUUUAAUAAAAAAUUAUCACAUUGGUAUUCAUUAUUAGAUUAUUGUUUAUAUGAAGAAUAUUUCACUGAAUAUCGAUUACAUAAUAGAACUGAAAUCAAUAUUUAUCAAAAUAAGAAAUCAAUAAAUGAUAAUAAACAAAAAACAAAUCAAACUAUCAAUAAUUUGGUAAAUAUUGAUAUUGAAUUGAAUAAAAGUACUCAAUUAAAUUAUAUUAAACAAUAUCCAAUUAUAUUAGAUUCAUUUGGACAAUGGCAUAAACCAUGUGAUAUUGUUACACUGACCUCCACUUCGACGAAUGAUGUUGAGGAUGAUAACAAUGAUGAUACUACUAAUCAUCAAAGCAAUAAACUUUAUUUAUUUGCCUGGUCUAAACCUAUACAUGCUCGUCUAAUUCAUGAAAUGAAUUGGAAACAAUGGAAUGCUAGUAAAAAUAAUGUUGAUGGAAAUAAUGUUUCAUUCGAUCCAAUCUUUCGUAUAAUGGCGCAUAGUUUAAAUUGUCUAAAUGCAAGAUAUACUGGAAGUAGUUUAAAAAUGUCUCCAUUUUCAACAAAAUCAGUAUUUACUUCUACUUCUUUUCUGUUGGAUCAGCUUACAUCAUCAUCAUCAUCAUCAGUACAGUAUUAUUGUCGUGAAGGAACUGUACAUGGUUUACUUCUUGAUUUGUUCAGUCUACCGGUCAUUGAUCAUGUCAGUGAAUUAUCCAUCAAACAUCAUUAUCAUCAUCAAGUUAAUCCUAAUAAUUAUUAUUCUAAUCCAACUACCAGUUUUAAAACUGAUUCCUUUAUGAUACCAUGUCGUGCAUUAGAUAUGUUUUUAAAGGGUUUAAUGCGUUUAAUUCUAUUAUGGUGGUGUUCAACAAUUCAUUCUUCAUCAAAUACUAUCACUUAUCAUACUAAUACGUCAGAAAAUUCAAUCGAUCAAACUAUAGUGAAUGGAAUUUUGGAAUCAAAAGAGAUUAAUGCUUUUCUGGUUGAUCAUCUACAUAUUAGUUUAUCAUUUAAAAAUACUUCAUUAUAUUCAAAAAUCUUAUCUAAUACUGGUAUGAAUCUAUCGAAACGUUUUAUUGGUUGUUUAUUAAAUGGGAAAUUAUUUCUUGACAGCACUUUAGGUGCUAAUAUAUUUGCCAAUUUAUCACAAAUACAACCAGAUCAUGGUACACAACUAAUUUAUCUUCUUUUGGGUUCUAUGAAUGAUCCAUUAUUGAAACAUUCUAUUGGUUUUGAUUCUAUUGAUAAUUCGUUGUUAUCUCAAAUUAUUGAUUGUAUCUGUCCAUAUGGUGGACUCAAAAAGAUUAGCUUAACUCAAUUCAUUCAAGGUUUCAUUAAUUUAGCUUUAUCCAUCCAAACCGAUAUAACAGUUUUUAUAAAUCAACCACAUUUAAAUUCAACUUUUCUAAGUCAAUUAGAAAAUUAUCUUGUAUCACAUGGUGUAAAACAACGUAAAGCUAAACAUGAAUUACAUUUGUUAUGCCCUCCAUUACUACCGUCGUCGUCAACAUUAACAACGUCAAAAGUAGUGGAAUGUUAUCAAAACAAUCAAACUACUGAUUCAUCUGUUAGUAGUAAUAGUACUAAUAGUUGUGAUAACAUAGUAUUAACUAAUCAGAGUAUUAUUAACAAACAACCGUUGAUUUCAGUAAAUUCUUUCGAGGUAAUACCAUCGAAAUCAUCAACAUUUACUACUACUAAUACACAAAGUACACGAUAUGAUACAACACUUAGUGCUAUGCAAGCCAUUAAUGCUGGUACUACUCCAUUUAUUCGUCUUUCUAAAGAAACAUGUCAAUCAAUUGAUCAAAUUCAUGAUAAAACAACAUUUUGGUUCAAUAAUGAAAAUAUUAUUAUUCCAGAAAAUUUAAAAACUCGUUUAAAUCGUAUGCUUGUAAAUACUACUGACAAAUCUACUAAUAUUGGUCGUUUAGGUGAAUUAUAUAUUUAUCAUACAUUCAUUGAUUAUAUUCAUCGUAUACAAAUUCAUCAUAAUAAUUUUGAUGAAAUGACUAGUUGUGAAUUUCCUACUGGGCAUCCUUUACUUGGUAUUGGACGAUUAAUUCGAUGUAAUUGGUGUAAUUCCGAUGUGGAAUCAAUGAAACCAUAUGAUCUUGAGGUAGAUGUUCAAGUUGAAUGUGAUGCGAACAAGUGGGACAACUUAAUUGAAAACUUAAAGGAUGAAAUAACUAACAAUAUUGUUCGAAUUAUUCGUAGACCUUCACAACAACAAGAUAGUACAUCAUCCGAAACAUCAGGUUUGCUAUCUGUUGGUCCUAUAUUCAUUGAAGUUAAAUCAACAAUGGAUUCGACUAAUCUACAUAGUAAUAAUAGUGAAACAAAUUUAAAUUCUGGAACUGAUCUUUUUGAAUUUUCAUUACCGGAAAUUUUAUGUGCUUCACAACAAGGUUGGCGUUAUCAUUUAUUACGUGUAAUAUGGAAGAAUGAUUACAGUCAAGAUUUCUGCCAAAUGCGUAUCGCUUCUGCCCCGAAAGUUAUUCACAUUCCAGAUUUGUCAAAUGUACUCAGACAGAAAUCAGUGAAUAUACGUUUAUGCUUAGCUUUGUUACGAAGUGAAUGGAUAAAAUGAAUCCUUUGUAAAUUCUAUUCAGUCUUACCCUUUCUAACCUAAUCCAUUGUAAUUAGUCUUGGUUUGCUUUUCAUCGAGUCUUGUUGGUGGAUAAAAAUAAACAGAUAAAAUAUUUUUCCAGU